AUUCAAUCAUUCGUUAGGGCUCUAGUAGUCUUUCCCGUGAUAUUUGAUUUCAUUCCUGCUUGCCGUCCCGAUCUCAGCUCGAUCGGGUGCCUCUUACUGCCAAAAAUCGUUGCCUGGUGCGCGUCUUGGGAGUGGGUAGGCGCAACGUGCUGCAGAUGGAACGGGCCAGUGGGGCGACAGUGGAGCUGGUCGAGGACCAGUCGAAUGAUGAUGCCAUCUCCAGCGGGCACGUGCAAGCACCGCAGUGGAUGCGCGUCACCGGGAGCGGCGCGACAGCCGCAGCAGCGAUGAUACAAGCAGUGGUGGACGAUGGCACUGCUGCGGUCGACGCCGUUGCGGAGCUCGCCCCUCCCACGGGCGCUGGUAGGCGACCUGGGCGAGGCCUCAGGCUUGACCCCGCCGUCGGACUGUCGAUCGGCACGCCGCAGGAGCACGAGCGCUUUCUCGAUGACCUCCCCACCUUCUGCACUGUGGGCCUCCCGGGGCAGGACGCCGACGAGUUCUUCGUCGUUGGCCGGGUUCCUGGGUGCAGGGCGUGGUUGACGUACACCACUGACGACUCGGGCGACCGUUUCGUGUGGCGGGUACUCGACGCGGAGUUCCUAGAUCCCAGGGCCAUCAAUAAGCCAGAUCGCGAUCUCGACGACGAGGGCGUCAAUUGGAUCUGCGUCGAGACGGAAGGCGAGUGGCUUCUCUGGGUGCCAGACGCAUUGUCGCAGGCAUCGCUACUGGCAGAGAGCGCGGCGAUGCUUGCCCCUACUGCGGGGUUGGUGCUGGAUGCUGUCGCCAGGGCCAACGCGCGAUCUUGGGCCAUCGAUUUCUGCGGGCAGGCGACUCUGGCCCCAGCGGGCGCCCGCGGCCGCCGCCCAAGGUCAGCCGGUCCGCGCGGCGACGGCGCUCGCUCACCGAGCCAGCGACCGCCGAGGUCUGCUUCGGGCUCGCCCAGCAGUGCUUCAGCCCGCGUACGGCCUCAGGCACCCUCCCCCUCGACCCUGGGGAGGAACGGGCUAAGGGCGACUUCGCGAGAGCCGCCUGCUGCGCAGGCACCAAACGACGCCAUCGACGAGAGGCUGCUGAAAAUUCACGCACACCUACGUGAGCAAUCAGAACACGGGGAUUGGAUGUCUGUGAUUGGCAGCCGUUCUCGUAUAAGACUUACAGAUGUACGUGCUUGCUUUGUGGUGACAGGUGUUACGACGCAUGAUGCUUGGAUUUCCACUUUUCCCCAUUCCAACACGUAUUUCGAAGGGUUGGACGUCGCUUUCACGUUGCAGAUGUUGUGUUCAGAGUGCAAUGCUUUCGGCCACGUGAUCACCUGCAGGAUCCUCUCGAAGGGGCGUGCUGGAAAUUGUGCCACGGUGAAAUUUGACACUAUGCGAGGCGCACUGGCCGCUUCAGUGGGCUUGAAGGAGAGGCACCUGGGGUGGGGCAUCACAUAUGCAGCUCGUGACGCGGGGCCCACUGCCAACUUCUGAGCUCCAGGGCUGGCUCGAGGGCUCCGAGAGGGCCGCCGAUUUCGGUAGUACGAGUAAGACUUGGUCCCUCCUGCUGUCGCCCUCCUCGUCUUCGUCGUCGUCUCGUCGUUCGUCCCUCCCUCGCUCCUCUCGCCCUUCCCGCUCCUCGGGCCUUUGGCCUCUCCUCCCCCCUCGGGGGCGGUCCCUUGCUGUGGGCAGUGUGAAUGGUGCGGCCCCGGGUGUCCGCCGUCGGAUGCCUGUGGACGCGUCCUUCGCCUGGCUAUGGCUCGGCGCUGCGCCCGCUCUCUCCUGGUUCUCGCCCGUCGUUGCUGCUUGCUGUUGGGCCUGUGUGGUUUUGUUUUUUUCAUACUUGUGAAAACGGUACUGCCCAGUUCUCUUGCGCCACGUUGGCUGGUGACCCGCUCCUGGAUCGCGUGCGUUUUGGCUGGCCUCCUCUCUGGACGUGUAAGUUUGAACAGGUGCGCCGGAGAUUGCGCAGAUAGAAGAGGCCCGACGGCCCGGGGCCAGCUGCCGAGGACGACCGCUGGCCGCCCCCCUCCUCGUCCUCGUCCCCCCUCUCUCCUUGUCCUCCUCCUCCUCCUCCUCCUCCGAAUCGGGGCGUGUUUGUUCGUGCUUGUGUGCCGGGGAGUGCAGGGUCAGACGUGGCCCGACGGUCCCAGGCCAGUCGGCGAGGACGACCGCGGGCCGCCCCUCUCCUCGGCCUCGUCCCCCCUCCUCCGAAUCUGGGCGUGUAAUCUCGUGCUGGAGUGCGGGGAAUUGCACGGUCGCACGUGGCCUGGCGGUCUUGGGCCAGUUGGAUGAGCGUCUGUUGGAGAGGCCCCCUGAGGGCGCGGCGGAUUGCCGGCGGCUGCCGUCUGCGUCCGCGCCGCCGGCGUUCGGAGAAUGCCGCAGGCGCAGAUGCGACCUUGUACGGGCGGGCUGAGGACGCACACGAGGUUCUGAGCGCUGCGCGUGC